CUGUGGCGCAGCGUGACGCGGCGGCCGGCGCGCCCCGAGCUGUGCGCGCUGCUGUAGACCCGGCAGGAAGCGGCUCCAGACAUCACAUGCAGCCCCAGAGAGGCCCCCAAGAGAGAGCAGCUCUCGCUGAACGCUGGAUCUAACGUCAACGGGCUGGAAAACAGGGUCCAUGGAGGAGCUUGACCCAGAGGAGCAGUUCCUGCGCUGUGCUCGGAACGGAGACCUGGCCGGGGUUCGGCGGCUCCUCGUGGCCAAGAUUAAAGAAGAAGCGCACCUUAACAUCAAUUGCAAAGGUAAGAGUAAGUCUAACUUGGGAUGGACGCCUCUUCACUUGGCUUGCUAUUUUGGUCACAGAGACGUGGUGGAGGAGUUGCUCAAGGCCGGGGCAGAUGUGAACUUGCCCAAUAAUAUCGGAGAUACGCCUCUCCACAAAGCUGCCUUCACAGCGAGAAAGGAGGUUGUCAUGCUGCUGCUGCACUAUGAUGCAUGUGCUACUGUCAUCAAUGGGACAGCACAGAUUCCCAAAGAUGUCACUCAAAACGCAGAGAUCAGAGGCAUGCUGGAAGCGGCUGAGAGAACAGAGGAGAGGAAGCUGGAGGAGAAGCUUUUAGAAGCUGCUCGUGAAGGGGAACUGUCAACACUGACUCAGCUGCUUAACAGAAAGAAGCCUCCAGAUAUCAACUGCACAGAUCUUCUGGGCAACACUCCGCUGCACUGCGCCGCGUAUCGGGGCCAGAGGCAGUGCGCCCUGAAGCUGCUCAAGAGCGGAGCCAGCCCCAGUUCAAAGAACAAGAAUGACCAGACGGUGUUUGACCUGGCCAGCGACACGGCCAUGAAGCAGUUUCUGGAGGCCAGUGUCCACCGAGGUUUGACCCGUCACGUCAAGAAGUAUGAAGGCCCCCUCUGGAAGAGCUCCAGGUUCUUUGGCUGGCGCUCCUACUGGGUGGUUCUUCAGGAUGGGGUUUUAUCCUGGUACUCAAAACAGUCAGAUGCAGCUGCCAAUGUCAAGCGGCAAGGCUGCAAGUCCCUCACAAAUUCUCACUGCUUGAUGCGAAACAAAGACAACUGCUAUUUCUCCCUCAAGUGUUUUGACGACAGUGUGCAUCACUUCAAAGUGUCCCCUAAAAGUGACCCGGAGGCUACAAGGAAAGCGUGGCUGGACGCUCUGGAGGAGCAUUCGGCCUACAGCACACAUUAUUGCUCCCAAGAGCAGGACAGCGAGGAUGAGGAUGAAGAGCCAGCCAUCUCCCUCGGGGAGCUAACAGAGUCCCUGCAGGCAGCGGAGGUCAGCCAGAAGAAGCUGGAGAAGGAGGUGGCAGCUUUCCUGUCCAUUCUCAAAAAUGAUGGGCUCUCAGAACAAUUUCCACCGACGAUUCUACACAAAAUGCAAGAAAUCGGUGAGCUGUCCAGCAGGACUACCUCCACGCUCAGCGUGUGUCUCAGCCUCUUCUCCAGGCAGGAAGGGGUGCGCAGCCUGAAAUUGGAGCAGGAGGUGGAGAAGAACAAGAUCCUCUCCGAGGCACUACAGACUCUGGCCACGGAGCACCACGAGCUGGAGCAAUCCGUCGUCAAGGGAUCUUCACCGCGGAGUGCCCUCAGCGAGGAUGAGUUCCACGACGCCGUGUCUGAAUCAGACUCGGAGGGCUCACUGAGUGGCUUUGAGACGGUGGCCAGCCAUUCCUUUGAGGAGGACGAGGAGGAGGACGAAGGUUCUGUCAUGCUAAGCAGCCCAUGCAGCAGCCCCACCACCAGCAUGUUGCAAGAGCAUCGCCAUGGGGACCGGGAUGAGACUCAACCCAACGGGAUCGCAAAGCAUAGGACAAGCUUACCCGCACCAAUGUUUUCGAGGAAUGACUUCAGCAUUUGGAGUAUUCUGAGGAACUGCAUUGGAAUGGAGUUGUCCAAGAUUACAAUGCCAGUGAUUUUCAACGAGCCCCUGAGCUUUUUGCAGCGUCUGACGGAGUACAUGGAGCACACGUAUCUCAUCCACCAGGCCAAUGCCUCGUCGGAUUCCAUCGAGAGGAUGAAGUGUGUGGCUGCGUUCGCUGUGUCUGCCGUGGCCUCCCAGUGGGAGCGGACAGGGAAACCAUUCAAUCCUCUGCUUGGAGAGACCUAUGAACUGGUCAGAGAGGAUCUGGGUUUUAGGCUGAUAUCAGAGCAAGUGAGUCACCACCCGCCGGUCAGCGCCUUCCAUGCUGAGGGCCUGAAGGAAGACUUUGUGUUUCACGGAUCGAUCUACCCUAAACUUAAAUUCUGGGGAAAGAGUGUGGAGGCUGAGCCGAAAGGUGUCAUCACGCUGGAACUGCCCAAGCACAAUGAAGUCUACACAUGGACAAAUCCGACAUGUUGUGUUCACAACAUCAUUGUUGGUCAGCUGUGGAUCGAGCAAUAUGGAAACGUAGAGGUGAUCAACCACAGAACCGGUGAAAAGUGCUGUCUGAAUUUCAAGCCGUGUGGACUGUUUGGAAAAGAACUACACAAAGUUGAAGGUUACAUUCUUGAUAAAAGCAAAAAGAAGCUCUACGCGCUUUAUGGGAAGUGGACCGAGUGUCUGCACGUCAUCGACCCGGCCGCCUUUGAGGCCCACAAGAAAAGCGACAAGAAGGGGGCCGAGGAGAAGAAAUCCGGCAAAGCGGGAGGCGGCGGGGACCAGGAGGACGUUCCCUCUCCGGCCGCGGACACGGUGGAGGCGAUUCCCGGUAGCCAGCUGCUGUGGAGGAUUGCGCCCAGACCGGCCAACUCCACCCAGAUGUACAGCUUCACGUGCUUCGCCAUGCAGCUGAACGAGCUGCGCAAGGAGAUGGAGGGGGUCAUCCCGCCCACCGACUGCAGGCUCAGGCCGGACAUCCGGGCCAUGGAGAAUGGGGACAUCGACCUCGCCAGCGAGGAGAAGAAGAGGCUGGAGGAGAAGCAGAGAGCCGCUCGCAAGAACCGCUCCAAGUCCGACGAGGAGUGGAAGAGCAAGAAUCCUCCCCUGGGCCCGAGGUGGUUUCAGCAGGGGCAGAACCCCCACACCCGCUCCCAGGACUGGCUUUUCUCUGGUGGAUACUGGGACCGGACCUACAGUCAGCUGCCGGAUAUUUACUAAUGCGCAUUUCCUGCAGCGAGCAGCCUCCACGUGUAUCAUAAAGAACAGCAUUAACUGUUUGAUUAGAUUUUUUCCCCCUUGUUUUUGUUUCCUUUGUUUCUUUUUAUUUUCUAACGACAGCGAUAACGAACAGAAACACCUAAAACAGUGUGGCCUUAUUCUACUUCCUAACAAAGAAAGAAGCUGUGAAAAUAGAUGAAGUCACAAUCAGUCGUUGUUUGAUGUUACUUUGAAAUGUAGCUUUGUUGUUUUUCCUGAGAUGAGGCUUGUGUCUCUUCAGAAUGGACUUUUAGCACAUCGGCUUUUAUGGUCUUUAGUGUGCAUCAAUCUUGUUUUAAAUGUUCAGAAUUGUAUAACUGUAUAUAUAUAUACUUUCCACAGUCACUGACCUCAUCGUGUUAAUCUCCAUUCCACUCUACUGCAUUUCACCGUGUAAAGUAAAUACUGCUUACAAAAAAGUAUAUAUAUAUUUUCUGUUACAAUAACACC